AUGUGCCGCCGUACCGAUAACAGUAUUGUCAGCGAAGUUGUAAAGGACGAAGAAGAUAUGAGCAAAUCUACCAUCGUCGCUAUUAUCGCAUUCUGCGGUGCUGUCACCGUCGCAUCGCUUGUUUCUGCCAUCUUGAUGGGCAACCGCCUUGCCGACACUGCCGUCGCAAAAACUUCUGCUGCUGCUGGUAGCCAACCAAACAUUGUCAUCAACACUGGAGGAGCCACCACUGGAUCCGCCGCGUCUGCUGCCAUGGAAAAUCUCUUUGCCAGACCCCCCCGUGCCGGUCCCAACGAGUGCGAAGGAAAGAAGAUUCAAAUCGAUAACGUUGACUGUUUGAUCGACGCCCUCGAGAAGGUCCUUCCUCAAGCUGGAGGAAACGUCACCAUGGGAUUCAAGGGUGAAAUGGUGGUCGGACACGAACCAAUCAAGACCCCAUACUUCCAAAACGACAUGUGCCCCGUCAAUGUCCAUUGGCACUUGGGAGCUGAGCAUCUUUCCGUCGGCGAAUUCGAUGAAAUGGGUGCCGGACCAAACACCAAACCAGGAGAUUUGCGCCGCAAGCUUGCCGGAGAUGAAGACGUCCGUGGUGGAUUCCGCUGCCACCACUACGACGAGAACGACGAAAAGUUCACCAAGGAAUACGACUGGAAGCACUGUGUUGGCAUGGAAGUUGGUGAGAGCUACGAAGUUCACUGGCCCCACUCUGCUGCCGGUGCAUGCGGAACCAUCAACCAAUACCAAACUCCUUUCUACGACGGUGUACUCUGCCGAGUUGAGGUUCUUGGCGACCUUUCCCGCCUUCCUCAACAAGUCGGUGUCCAAGGCCAAGUCUUCACCAUUGUCAACGACGAAGAUUAUUUCUACCCUGAUCUCAUGCGUGGAAUGAUCGUCGACGGUGAAAUGGGACAAGAAAUUACCAAGUACACUGGAUCGACCACCGGAACCAGCCGUGACAACGAAAUCUGCUCUGCCUACUCCCCAAUCACUUGGCAAGUUGACCGCAAGUGCCACAUGAUCUCCGCCUCGUCUUUCGACAAGAUGUGUGCCGACAUGAAGGCCCAACGUGAUGACAUGAGCGACGACCUUUACGCUCAUGGAUCCCGAGAACUUGUCGACAGCAAGUAUGUCGCCAACAACCAGCACAACCGUGCCCUUCGUGCCAACUAA